GCCGAAUCUCCUUCCUCACCACAACCAUGGCCGUCGUCGAUCUUCAUCAUCUUCUCUCCUUCAUUGCUGCCGAACCCCUUCCUCACUGAAGCCAUGACCCUCCCUUCCUCAUUGCUGCCGAAUCUCUUUCCUCACCAAAGCCAUGGCCGUCGAGCAUUCCGGAUCUAACAAAUCAUGAAGCGUCAAUCUUCAUCAUCUUCUCUCCUUCAUUACUGCCGAACCGCUUCCUCACCAAAGCCAUUACCCUAUCUUUCUCAUUGUUGCCGAAUCUCCUUCCUCACCAAAGCCAUGGCCAUCGAGCAUUCUGGAUCUAACAAAUCAUGGCGUCGAUCUUCAUAAUCUUCUUUCCUUCAUUGCUGCCGAACCCCUCUCAUGGCCGUUGUGACUAUUUAAAGGUGAGAUCUUAGAAGCUGUUGUGACUAUGGUCAACAAGAUGGGAUUCUUUGCAGAAGCUGGACCUGUUCAAAUUUUUGUUUCAAACCAUUUGAUUCCGGAUGAUAUGGAGUUUCAAUAUGGAGAUAUUCCUAAUUAUGCUACUUCAGAUGGAUUGGUUAAGAUUCAGAAGGAUAUUGAAGUUCGCCUGAAGAUAAUUGGAACUCGAGUAGAUGCCACAGAAAUUGUAUGUGCUCAUCCAUUCUUGUUUAAAUUAUUGUAUCACUAUCAGUUCUUAGCAAUUCAUUUGUACGCCUUUGUUUGUUUGUAAUCAUAGGUUUUCAAGUGUUCUUAUUAUCUUUGUUGUGUUAAAAUGUUUUUGACUGUUGUUUGCUGUUUCAAUAUGAUGACUAUUUUUUCUAAAAUCCUAAUAGAGGGGUGAAUAUCAA